CAACGCGACAACAACACAACUUCCGGCUGAUCCUCACGGACAAGAAACAGGCGGCGUUCCCCUUUCACAGACCGCAACAGAUUUCGUUAAUAACAGCUUAAUAUUGUAUGUUUAAUGGACCAGUAAAGAUCAGUUUCGCGGUACGUGUCAGGAGCAUCAGUGGAUAAAUCGUUGCACUGCGGAUUCAGUCUUCCAGAAGGGUGAGCAUGAGCGAGGGCGAGGUGUUUCAUGAGAAGCAGAGACUGGAGCUGUGCGCCAUCCAUGCCUUGAACAACGUGCUUCAGGAGAGAGUUUUCACUAAAGAGACCGCCGAUGACAUCUGCAAGCGACUUGCCCCGCAGUGUGUAAUGAAUCCACACCGCUCAGUGCUGGGCACGGGAAACUAUGAUGUCAAUGUCAUCAUGGCAGCUUUGCAGAGUCGAGGACUCGCUGCUGUCUGGUGGGACAAGCGCAGGUCAGUACAGAAUUUGUGCCUGGACAAAAUUCAGGGCUUCAUUUUGAAUGUCCCGUCAAGGGUGUCACUGGGAAUUGUGUCUCUCCCACUGAGACGGAGACACUGGCUGGCGGUACGAGAGGUUCACGGACACUUCUAUAACCUAGACUCCAAAUUAAAAGGGCCUGCCUGUAUAGGUGGAGAAACAGAACUCAGGUCAUUUCUUACUGAACAGCUCUCUCAGGAUGUAGCAGAGAUGCUCCUCGUCGUCCAAAAGGAAGUGGACGAAGAUGGAACAUGGCUGAAGCCUGACGACACCAGGAAGUGAUGUAACUGAACAUUCUCUCUCUCUCUUUCUCUGUCAGUGUGGAUUAAAUACUGAAAGAGAAACCCUGAAGGCGCAGCAAGAUCACAUCCACAACCACACACACACACACACACACACACACACACACACACACACAUGCAAAGGGAAGUCCUAGUGUUUUCUCAAAACGAAGGAUUGACGUCGCUCUCCUCUUUUUUUCUCUUUCUCUCCUCUCUCAGGAACUCCAUCUCUCACUUUAUCUCUAUCUAUGCACUCCACUGCUGAAGUAGAUCAAAGAUUCGUCUGUCUUUUGUUACAACUAUGCACAGAAAUGGUACUUUAGAGUCUCGUUCAUUGCCUUUUUAGACGUCCGUGUGCAGAUCUUUUACUAUGCAGAAACACAAGAGGCAAGAGACGGAAGCUCUGUCUCUCGCUCACGUCCUUUUCUUUUGCAAACCGCCUCAUCGACGUCGAGCGAACAAAUGAGAAGAUUCCUGUUAUUUAUUUGAAUUUCUACUCUGUAGUGUAGCGAAUGUUGGAAAUCGUCCUCACUGAUUACUAAUGUUUGUCGAUUGUUAAUGUCGGUUUUGGUGUCAGAGCUGGGUUUUGUUAUUAUAUAAAUGGUAUUUAAUCAAGACGUUGACUGCGUCAGUUGGAUUUUGUUGAGGGAAGGGCGGAGGGGGAAUUUAAGCCCGAUGGGGUAAAUAUGACACUAUAAGUGGACAAAAUUAAUAAAAUGAAUAUGAAUACAGUA